UCAAACGCCAAAAGAAAAAAUCCCAUACAACUAUUUAGAGUGGAAAGAGACAAUACUCAUCCCAGCUAAUACAAAGGAGAAAUUAAAAUAGAAAGAAAGAAAAAAAGAUAAAAGGGAACAGUUUGUUUCAUUUCAUUCAUUCUAAGAGAGAGAAAGACACAUAAACAGACCCACAAGGGAAUUAAAUAUAAUGUCUGUCACUAUUUUCUCAUAAAAACAACUUGGCCUAGAGAGAAAAAAGGAGGAGAAACAGAAAGAAGGGGUUUUUUUAAGAGCAAGUUUUUAGUCAUUACUACUUUGUGAUCAUGGAUGGAGGAGGUGAUGAUCAUCUCCACCAACACCACCAACACCAUCACCAACACCGCUCUAUAGCUACUUUCCCCUUCCAAUUACUCGAGAAAAAAGAAGACGAAGCUUGUUCCAGCUCAUCCAACGCCGCAGCUUAUACUUCUCUUGCCAUUUCAAACACAGAUAAUACUCAUACAAACCCUAAUAAGACACCUCGAUCAACUACUUCAUCAGCUUCCACUCUCCAAAUCUCAGCUUCUGGCGUCGAUACAUCUAAAAAGCCGCCCCCCAAACGAACCUCCACCAAAGACCGCCAUACUAAGGUUGAUGGUCGUGGUAGACGUAUCCGCAUGCCCGCGCUUUGUGCGGCUAGGGUUUUUCAGCUCACACGUGAGCUCGGUCACAAGUCCGAUGGCGAAACCAUAGAGUGGCUACUUCAACAAGCAGAACCAGCGGUCAUAGCAGCUACAGGAACCGGUACAAUUCCAGCAAACUUCACGUCACUUAAUAUUUCAUUACGUAGUUCAGGUUCCAGCAUGUCCGUACCUUCACAGCUACGAUCUUCAUAUUUCAAUCCGAAUUUUUCACUCUCCCAACGACGAGCGUUAUUUCCGGGAAUUGGAUUGACGACAGAUACUUCAGCUAAUACGUUGUUGAAUUUUCAGUCAGCGAAUUUAAGCCCUAAUAUGCAUCAGUUACAAACAAAGCCUGAAUUGCGUGACAAUUCAAUUGAUUUAACGGAAAGUGCUGGUGAGGAUAAUUUAAGUAGGAAAAGAAGAUCGGAUUUAGACUUGGAGAAUCAGCAGCACCAGCAAAUGGGAAGUUAUUUGCUACAGUCAAGUACUGGUACUAUGCCAACAAGCCACUCUUCAAUUCCAGCUAAUUUUUGGAUGGUGACGAAUCCAAUUCCUGGUAACCAAGUUUUGGGAGGUGAUCCAAUUUGGCCUUUUCCAUCAGUAAGCAAUUCUGGUGCUGCUGCUUUAUAUAGAAGCACAAUGCCAAGUGGAUUGCAAUUUAUGAAUUUUCCUACCCCCGUGGCGCUUUUGCCUAGUCAGCAACUCGGGGGUAGCAGUGGUGGUGGUAAUAAUGGAUUGGGAGAAGGGCAAUUGGGCAUGUUUGCUGGACUAAAUCCAUAUAGAGGAAGUGGCGGUGUAUCGGAAUCUCAGGCGAGUGGUUCCCACUCACAUCAUGGUGGCGAUGAUCGGCAUGAUACAAGGAGCCACCAUUCGUAGCAAAUUCAAGUUCAUCCAUUCUUUCCAACUUGUGUUUUGUAAGUUUGGAUGUUUAAAGAGGUUUGAUUAUUUGCUCUAAAAUUCCUUAUAUUUUUUCUCUUUUUUUGGUUGUUAAAUUUCCCUUGAACAUUCUUUUUCUUUCUUACUUUUUUCGUGUGAUUAAUUUGCCUUACGAGUUUGAAAAGGGCAACAGUUUUAACAAAGGGAGGAGUAUUUUGGUUGGUUUUGUCAAAAAUCUCUGAAUUGUUUUUUCAA